UAUCGAAUCAUCUGGUGUCACGAGCCCGCGCCGACGCCGCUCUCCCUCCAUCGCGCUCUCUGCCGGAAACAAACUUUGAGAGACGAAUUUCCAAAUAUAAAAACAAGAGAAGCUGUUCCUUGAACUCAAUCUUGAAAGCAAUUUAUUGAGAAUACGUUCAAAUGAAGAUUAGACUCUAAAGAAACAACGAUUGCUGGAGAAGACGUAGGACAAGUUGAGAUGGACCUGAGAGUUGGUGAGGAGGUUCCUAUGGAGGAGGAUGAUGAGUUUACGCUUUCAAGAAAUUACUUCCUUGCUAAAGAGGGUUCCACUUCCAGGAAGAAAUCUGCUCGAAAGCUUUCCGACAUCGAUCUUGUUGACGAACAGGUCCUUCGAAUGGCAGUCUCUGCUAUUAAACCAAAGCAUGAGAAAGAAAUAGAAUCUUUGCUUAAAAGCUAUAAGGAUCUGUACUCUAAGUGGCUUUUCGAGUUGAGGUGUGGUUUCGGCCUCUUAAUGUAUGGGUUUGGUUCUAAAAAGAUCUUGCUUGAGGAUUUUGCUUCGACGACACUAACUGAUUAUGGAGUAGUUGUAAUCAAUGGCUAUCUUCCAUCAGUCAACAUUAAACAAGUUGUGAUAACUCUAGCUGAAGUCCUCUCGGACCAGUUAAAACACAAGAGGAAGAAUUCUACAGGAAGCAAAUCCAGAACCCAACAACCUUUUAGUUCCCAGUCCAUAGAAGAUCUUCUUUCCUUUCUGAAUCUGCAACUUCCUGAUGACAAUGACUGCUUCAUAUGUGUGGUCAUUCACAAUAUCGAUGGGCCUUCAUUGCGAGAUUCCGAGUCGCAACAGUAUCUUGCACGAAUAGCAAGCUGCUCUCUAGUUCGUAUGGUUGCAUCCGUUGACCAUGUGAAUGCCCCUCUUUUGUGGGACAAGAAGAUGGUUCAUACUCAAUUCAACUGGUGCUGGUAUCACGUCCCAACCUUUGCGCCCUACAAGUUUGAAGGAAGUUUUUUCCCAUUAGUUCUUGCUAACUGUGGCAACUCCCAGACUACAAAGACUGCUUUGGUUGUCCUACAAAGUUUGACACCCAAUGCACAGAGUGUGUUCAAAAUUCUUGCAGAAUACCAGUUGGCCCAUGAAAAAGAAGGCAUGCCUAUUAACGCCUUGUACACCAAAUGCCGUGAGCGCUUCCUUGUCAGCAACCAAGUGACUUUGAAUUCCCAUCUGACAGAGUUCAAAGAUCACGAGUUAGUGAAGGUGGGAAGGCACGCAGAUGGCCAAGACUGCCUUCACAUUCCUCUUCCUUGUGAGGCACUCGGGCAGCUGUUGCAAGAACUGGGAUAAGCUGGUUUCUUUUGGCUGAUUGUUUCCCCCAACCUCAUAGUGUCUGUCGGUCCAUCUUUGAGCUAAAAGUUCUGAUUCUUCAGGUUUUCCAGUUGCUUUAUAAAUGAUCAGGAAUUUGAGCAUGUAAAUUUGACAAUUAUUGACUAGGAAAUGGUUGCUCAUACAAUCUAAUCAUGUAAUCAAAUCACACAGUUACUCAUGAAGUA